AUGGCGACGGCUGAAGAGCGUAAACUGGAGUUGGAACGUAAGAAGCAGCGAUUGGCUGAGAUGCGUGAGGACAAGAGGCGUCGGGAAGAGGAGCGACGGCGUUUAUUGCUCAAAAGUGCACCUCAGGAAAAUGGAACUGUUCCAAUUCUGCCAAAAACAUUUUCACAGAAGGAUCUUGAAGAUAUUCUUGAGCCAUUAGGAAUUCCUGCUCAACCGCAAGUUGAACGACCCGUCACGCCAGCUGCAAAUGACUCUUCUUCGGAGCAUGCCUCAGCACCUUCACAACGUUUCGCGGGCAGUGGACGUGUGCAAAAUUUAGCAUUGGUUGAAACGCAGAUGAUCAGUGUGCCGGCGAAGGAGAGUGCGUGUUAUUGCAAGACAACCCAAACGGAUGAUGAUCGCAUCUCAGGUGGUGAAUUCAGUCUUGGAUCACAAGAGUUCGAUUACGACGAAGAGAUGACCAUGAUGGACAAACACAUCGAUAUCAAUUUCGACGAAUCACCAACUCGAGAGAUCGCAAACCUGUUGCCGAAUUUCCAUUUUGGUGCACGUCAAACGCAAGAGACGGUCGAAGAGCAGAAGAAGGAAGAGGAUCAGAAGAUACCGGAUUUGAGUGAAGAGGAAAAGCUACAGAUUCUGACCAGUCAGAAGUUUAAACACUUUUUUGAUUUUCAAUCCAAAAUUAUGGAACGUCAAUUGGCUGAAGAGGUGGACGUAUUUGUGGACUAUACUCGUGAUAGUACGGUUGACGAGAAGGCGGAUAGCAGAGAGAAGUUGACUCUUUCGAGGGUGUUUGUGGAUGAGAAGUGGAGUGCCGGAAGAUGUGUGACUGGUAUCGACUUUUGUGAGCAACACCCGGAGUUGGUGGCAGUUUCGUACGAUCACAAUCCAGAGUCUCCACUCGAUCCGAUGGGUGUCGUACAAGUGUGGAAUUGUAGAUUCAAGAAACCGACAGCUGAAUUCACAUUCUAUUGUCAAUCGCGAGUGACGAGUGUGGCAUUCGCUAAAUUCCAUCCGAAUUUGAUUAUGGGUGGUUGUUAUUCGGGUCAAAUUUGUAUGUGGGACAAUCGUCUCAGUAAGAAAACUCCUGUUAAUAAGAGUCCAUUAUCAUCGCAAGCACAUACGCAUCCAGUAUAUAGCAUGGCCGUAGUGGGCAGUCAGAACGCGCAUAAUCUAAUAAGUAUCUCAACUGAUGGUCGACUUUGCUCGUGGAGUGUUGAUAAUUUGAAUCAACCCAUCGACAUCAUCGAUCUGUCAUGGAAACAAAAACAGGUGACUUGUACGAGUAUGUCAUUUGCGUUGGACGAUGUGAAUAAUUUCGUGGUGGGCAGUGAGGAGGGUACCGUGUAUACGGCGAGUAGACACGGUAAUAAAGGUGGUAUCAAUGACGGGUUCGAAGGUAGUGACGUUUUGCUUGUUGGGGGUCAUACGGCAUCAAUAACUGGAGUUGAUUCGCAUAAAGCGAUGGGUGUUAUUGAUUUAUCACAUUUGUUUUUAUCGUCUUCGUUGGAUUGGACCGUUAAACUUUGGAGUUCGAAGGAACCAAAAGCAUUGUGUUCAUUCGAGAAGCACGGUGAUUAUGUGGCCGACGUGGCAUGGUCUCCGGUUCAUCCGGCCGUAUUCACAUCAGCUGAUGCUGCUGGAAAUUUGUUUGUGUGGAAUUUGAACGAAGACAAUGAGGCACCGAUCACGCGAUUGAAGAUGGAGGAUGGCGUGGGCAUACGGCGAAUGAAGUGGACACACUCUGGACAGCAGUUGACGGUUGGAGAUGAGAAAGGGAACUUGUGGCUGUAUGACGUACACGAGAGUUUGAUCAAUUGUAAAGCGGACGAGUGGAGUAAAUUGGCCAGAACAUUGCGUGACAUCAAACAGGCACGCGAGGAGGCAGAAGAGCAACUGCCCGAAUCGUCGAGUCGUAUUGGAACGUCACUUUCGAGCGCGUCGUUAGUGAAUGCAGCAGCACAGUCGUCCCUUUCGGUUAAUUUAUCACCGAGGCAACAGUGGUAA